AUGGAAAAAGACAUAAUUGACAAGUUUUUAAGAAAGCUUACUGUAUAUACAGUUGAGAAAAAUAUCGCCAAUUUCAAUAAUAGCACCGGAGAGACGAGCGUCAUAUGUUUGGAGGAUUUCAAAAAUCAUUUAAAGCAAACCGCGCCAAUAGUAUACAAUGUUAUGAAAUCUCAUUAUGCUACUCUAUCAGAUUUUUUAAUGUCAGAGGAAGCCUUGGAAUCUUCUCAAAAACAAUCGUAUGAAAUCAUGACCGUUGGUGAAUAUCAGCAAGACCUGCGACACUUGAACAAUACUUCCUUGAAUUUGGAAACAUUUCCAACGGAUGAUACUCAACUGUUGGUGAUGUAUGUCAAAAAUGCCACUAUGAGUCCUGAAAAAUCACUGACAGAGGAAAUAAUAGCAUGCUACAAGGAGAACUAUCUUUUAAAAGAGGACGUGUACCGGGUAAAAAGAAGUAUCAGAGACAAGGUGAACGCUGCCGUUCAAUCCAUCUUUCCGCAGUUGAAUGUAUCUGUUCAAAUGAUAAGAUCAUCUCACACUGAACUGGCUUUUCCCGAUGGCACGAUCAACAUGGGAAUUGUUGUCCCUGGUUGUUCAAUUAAAGACAAAGGUGGUUUUUUCAGGUUCCAGAAACGCUACAAUUGUUUGAAAAACAUGGAUAACUUUAGUAAAUGUUUCGAAAAAAUUGGCAUGAUCGAUUUAAAAUAUUGUCCACAACGUGGCGAUGUUUUUAUAUUUACAGAUUCAAUGUCCGGAAACUUGUGCAAACUUAGUGUCGAUAGUGGGCUAAUGUAUGAAAGGGAAAAGUUGAUUGGAGCGUAUCUUGAGUUAGACAAAAGGAUCAGACCUUUAAUUACUGUCAUCCUUCAUUUCUCCCGAAGCCAUGGUUUAAAGAAAGCUGAAGGCAAUCCAUUUUUAAGUACUUACUCCCAUAUCGUUUUGGUGUUGAACUUUUUAAUGAAUGGAUUAAAUUACCCGGUCAUUCCUAGUCUUCAAAAUCUCUCGCAAAAACAAGAGUGUAACUUUGAAGAUUGCUUGUACACCAAAAAUAAAGGGGUAGUAGUAACUAGAAGUUUUCGUAAAACCAUAAAGGAAUUGAGUAUUUUAUACCAUACCUGCGUACUGAUCGAGCAUAGCGGCGAUGAUUAUUUGAAAAUCUCGACAGAAAACCGGACUGUAUGGAAAAGUUACAACAAUGACAGCUUGGGGACGCUCUUGAUUGCAUUUUUUAAAUACUAUGCGAAUCCAAAAAAUCUCACUGGCGGCAUUUCCAUCUUUUAUGCUGGUAAAAGAAGAUUCCCCGAUUUUAGCACUCCUAUCGUCAUUCAAGAUCCUUUUCUACCAUCCAACAACAUUUCAUGUGUAUGUGAAUCAUUUGCUAAGGAACUAAUAAUUCAAAAAUUUGAUGCCGCCUGGAAGGCAUUGGAAGCAGGCGAGAGCCUUCAGUUCAUUUGUGGAAGCAACUUGGAUUCGUAUUAG